UUAUUCCAAGGUUGAGGAUCUUCAUAAUCUCCCAAGAACUGGAUUUUCACCCUAGUUUAGCAGCUUUGCUGCUCACUUAAAUCCAGAUGAAUGAAGACCCCAUUUGGAAAGGCGCCAGGUCAGCGAUCCAGAGCUGAUGCAGGGUGUGUCCCCCAUUAUAUGGGCCCUUUCAAUGCAUAGUGGAUCCAGCAUGUCGUUUUUGCUGCCAAACUAAUUGUAUUGCAACAUUGGAAAUCAUCUCUACGUAAUUGGCUUUCCUUACCUCUGGCAUGCAGGUGUAUCUGCCAGCAUGAUGAAGAAAAGAGCCUCCCACAAGAAGCAUCGAAACAACAUGGGACCAAGCAAACCCAUUUCUCAACCCAGAAGAAAUAUUGUAGGCUGCAGAAUACAGCAUGGAUGGAAAGAAGGGAGUGGACCUGUGACACAGUGGAAAGGCACGGUCCUAGAUCAGGUUCCUGUAAAUCCUUCCCUCUACCUUAUUAAAUAUGAUGGAUUUGAUUGUGUCUAUGGACUAGAGCUGCACAAAGAUGAGAGAGUUUCCGCACUUGAAGUUCUUCCAGACAGAGUUGCUUCAUCUCGAAUCAGUGAUGCCCACCUGGCAGACACAAUGAUUGGAAAAGCAGUGGAACAUAUGUUUGAGACAGAAGAUGGCUCAAAAGAUGAAUGGAGGGGAAUGGUGUUGGCUCGAGCACCUAUAAUGAACACAUGGUUUUAUAUUACUUAUGAGAAGGAUCCUGUCUUGUACAUGUACCAGCUCUUAGAUGAUUAUAAAGAAGGAGACCUCCGCAUUAUGCCUGAUUCCAAUGAUUCACCUCCAGCAGAACGGGAACCAGGUGAAGUUGUGGAUAGUCUAGUGGGGAAACAAGUGGAAUAUGCCAAAGAAGAUGGCUCAAAAAGGACUGGCAUGGUCAUUCAUCAAGUUGAAGCCAAACCCUCUGUCUAUUUCAUCAAAUUUGAUGAUGAUUUCCAUAUUUAUGUCUAUGAUUUAGUGAAGACAUCCUAGACACCACCAUGCAAACUUUUGCCAAACUUGUGGAACUUCAGUGUAAAAUUUGUAGACACAAAGACUUAACUGCUUUCUAGUUUCUUUGAAAGCUUAAAUGUCCCUGCGAGCCCACAAUCUCUGCCAGGAAAACUAUUCCAUUGUCAACUUUACAAAUAGACUUAUGUGAACAUGAUACAGUUUUGUGUAAGGGAACUCCUUUUCUUGACGGAAGUCUUCUGAAGGGGGUAUGUGGAUGAAGUUAGAGAAAACAGCAGCUGCAGAUUCAAGCUGUGUAAAAGUGGCUCUAGCAAUGUAAUCAUUAUAUCUGAUUUUUGAUUUUUUUUUAAACUGUAACUUUCCCUCAGCUUCUCACUUAGCUGUUCAACCAUAUGCAAGUGUAGCUUGAUAUUAUGUUCCUUCCAUGUAUGUAACAUUAAAUUUUCUUGUCUGGCAGUCCUUGUUUCUGGGGGUUGGGCAAUGACGACUAUAAAAUGUUAUAAAGCAGUGUUAAGGAGUGCCUAACCUAAUUAACAUCAGUGUACUGUGAUCAGCUUAACUGUUGAGCUACUAUUAUGUGAGAGUCUUAUGCAUUUUAGUUGGAGGAAAGUAGACCAUAACAUACAUGUAAAACGAUGAGAAAACAGAUAGUUUC